AUGAAGCUAGCCAAGAGGCGAAAAGUGCAAAGCCGUACUCCCCCCCAAAACUGCGAUCUAGACACUGACCCUGGUGCGGACCAGGAAACCGACCCCAGUGCAGACCUGAAAACCGACCCCAGUGCAGACCUGAAAACCGACCCCAGUGCAGACCUGAAAACCGACCCCAGUGCAGACCUGAAAACCGACCCCUGUGCGGACCAGGAAACUGACCCCUGGCCUGAGACGAACAACAUGGAUAGCUCUCAGUAUUUCAUUAGCUGGGGGUCGCGGAGAUACAUCCCAAUACGACGAUUCGAAGACCUCCAGUCAUAUCGCCGAGACUUCAUUCGGUCUUAUGAAGAGGUCCUCCAGACAGCUCAGACCUUCACACAGCAUUUCUCGAAACAGCCGCUACAGAGUUACGAUUUGGAAAGGUCCCUGACCAUAAAUAUGGGCUGUGAUCCCUCAUCCUGGAAUAAAGACGCAGAUAGCCCAUCUAUUGGUUGGUUGGACAUUGUUCGUCACGGCGAUUUCCAGAAACAAAAUGAUGGAUGCUACCACUGCUCCAUUCAGGGGAAAGUACUUGAAUUCGAUCAUCAAUUACACGACAGAGUCGAGUUUUGCCGAAGCCAUGCCCUCCAAAUUUCCAGUCCGAGACCAAGCCGCGCAGAUGUGCUAAGAGAGAUGGAGAUCACUUUGAGAAUAUUAAAUAAUAUCACCGGUGAACAAAAGGACGAUUCAAAAUAUAGGAGAGGUCUAAAAAAGUUUAAACAAAAACUGAAGAUACGCCUGAGCGAGCUUCGGUCCUUCCUAGAUUCUACCACGAUUUAUCCCACCCCAACAAGUGACCAGGCACAGUAUUUGACACCGCAUGAGCCUGAGGCCGCCUUUUCUCCAGAGAGACUCCGUGCAUCAAGUUCGGCACAAUCAUGCCCGCUGAAUGGGUCAAGCGGAUCGGAAAUGACUUCCGAAGGCCAUAGCGACAUGAGUUUCGACAGUUCAUCUGAAGACUCGAGUGAGGAUGAGACAGGGGACGAAAUGUCAGAGUACAAGGUCCUAGAGAACAAAGGCCCCGAGGAGGAAAAUGGGACAAAAGACGACAGUUCCGGUCAACAGACGAAAAAUGACUCUAAUAAUGGAGGCAAGGCCGCACUAGAUGGUGACAUAGCUGUUCCAUUAAAUUCUUUGCCCUCGAGAACUUCGUCUUCGAUGUCUCGAACAGGAGAAGAUGAAGCUGUUAUGUCAACAUCUCAUGUUUCUCUGCCAGAAGGCGUUGAAAAAGCCGUCUCAGUGAGCCCCAUGCACUUGAAGGAUCUAUCGUCAAUCUCUGAAAUUGCCGUUCCGAUGGACCCUAGGUCCUCGCAAAAGGAUUCCGAGCUGGAUAUGCGCAUAUCACACCCGAAAUGUCCCCCGCGGGACGGAUGCAAUACGCUCUUUGAGAAUGAGAAUCCACGUCCCCGUGCAUAUAAACGGCGACAAUCGAUCAAUAUAUCGGAAGCACGGAAAAGGCCGCGAAGGUCCGAUCACAAGUCCGACCAUCAAGAGAGAUCGGUGGCUGCUGCGUGGAUGAAAGCUCAUUUACACGAAAACUGGAACCAAUCGAGAUUCGUCAGAGAAUAUCGCGCUAAUUUUGGCCGAAGCCGAACUUAUAUAACCCUGAAGAGAUGGAUGGAUGAGAAAGAGGGCUCUCAAGCGAAGAGCCGUAUUGUGGUAUUGAAAGUUCCGGUUGCAUGUCUGCGUGAGACAUUAUCAAAUGACAAUUCUUCGUCGCCAGCCCCGGGUCUUUCGAAU